AUGGCGGCUGUCAGACUAAGCGCGCUUCACCUGGCGCAGCCAGGCCUCGCGCCCGUCGCUAGGGCGGGGGACGCCAUCAAGGCCAGCGAAUGUGGCGGCAAGCAGGCAGCGCUGGGGUGGUGCGCCUCCGCGCAGCUGGGGCAGUCCCUGGGGGUCGCCGCCACAUCGAAGGGCGUCGCAUUGCCAUCCAAGCGCGCGGCUUCAGCGACCGUCGUUCGCGCCAGCGUCGCGGCGGACGUGGAGCGGCCGUGGCGGGCGGCGGACGCGCGGCUGGCGCUGGAGGACGGGUCGGUGUGGAAGGGGUCGUCAUUCGGCGCGCGCGGCACGCAGGCAGCGGAGGUGGUGUUCAACACGUCGCUGACGGGGUACCAGGAGAUCAUCACCGACCCCAGCUACGCCGGGCAGAUCGUGCUCAUGACCUGCCCGCACAUCGGCAACACCGGCAUCAACGAAGAGGACGAGGAGUCGCGCACGUGCUUCACGUCGGGGCUCGUCGUGCGCAGCAUCAGCAACUGCGUGUCGAACUGGCGGUCGUCGCAGACUCUGCCGGACUACCUGCGGCAACACAACAUGAUGGGCAUCUCGGACAUCGACACGCGCGCCAUCACCAAGCGACUGCGCGACAAGGGCAGCCUGAACGGUGUGAUCUCAACGGACCGCAAGAAGUCGGACGAGGAGCUGGUGGAGAUGGCUCGCUCCUACAGCAUUGUUGGCAAGGAUCUGAUAACGGGGGUGACGUGUGAGCAGCCGUACGUGUGGGUGGACCCCACGGGCGAGUGGGAGUUCAGCAGCGACGCCAAGGAGGUCUCCAUGGCCAACGCAUUCCAUGUGGUGGCGUAUGACUUUGGCAUAAAGCACAACAUUCUGCGGCGCCUGGCAUCAUACGGCUGUCGCAUCACAGUGGUGCCCUCCACCUACCCGCCUGAGGACCUCGCCAAGCUCAACCCCGAUGGCGUCCUCUUCAGCAACGGGCCGGGCGACCCAUCAGCGGUGCCGUACGCGGUGGAGAGUGUGCGCGCGGUGGUGGGCACGGUGCCGGCGCUGGGCAUCUGCAUGGGGCACCAGCUGCUGGGGCAGGCGCUGGGCGGGCGCACCUUCAAGCUCAAGUUCGGCCACCAUGGCGGCAACCACCCCGUGCGCCACCUCGCCUCCGGCCGUGUCGAGAUCAGCGCGCAGAACCACAACUACGCGGUGGACCCGGAGAGUCUGCCGGAGGGCGUGCAGGUGACGCACAUCAACCUCAACGACGGCACGUGUGCGGGGCUGGCGUACCCUGCCCUCAACGUCAUCAGCAUCCAGUACCACCCCGAGUCCUCCCCUGGGCCCCACGACGCCGACCCAGGGGGGGGGGUGAGUGCGGAGCGAUCUGGAUGGGACGCUCCCGCUGCUAGCACGACUGCCACGCGCCCGGCCGCUCUCGCCCGCAGCACGAUCCGUUUCCGCGUGCGCGGCAUGUCGUGGCGCGGGCUGCGCGGGUGCUGGGGGUGGUACCAACAGCAGCUGUCGCGGCGGCCGCUCCGCACGCAGGUGGUCACGUCCACCGUGCUGUGGGGGUCGGGUGACGUCAUCGCGCAGCAGAUCGACCGACACAUGGCUGUCCGACACGCGGGCGAUGCACACGUGGCCGACGCACACGUGGCCGACGCACACGUGGCCGAUGCACACGUGGCAGCGCGAUUCAACGUGGGGUCGCGGCAGGCAGAUGGAGCUGCGUCGCCCAACCAUGCCCGGGACUGCGCGCGUGGGCCCGUGGCGGGUGGCCGUGAGUCGGGCGCGGGGGCGGUGGCAGCGCGGGCGGGCGAGCAGCUGAACUACCGGCGCGUGGUGACGACGGCGCUCUUUGGAGCGGGUUUCGUGGGCCCGCUGGGUCACUACUGGUACGAGGGGCUGGAGGGCUUUGUGAGGAACCGCCUGGGGCUGCGGCCGUCGACGAUGCGGUUUGUGGCGGCGAAGCUGUUUCUGGACACGUUUGCGUUCGGCCCGGUGCACCUGGCAGCCUUCUUCACGUACACGGGGCUCGUGGCCGGCCACUCACUGCACCAGAUCCGCACCGACCUCGCCCGCGACUUCCUCCCGGGGUUCCUCACAGAGGCCACAGUGUGGCCCGUCAUCCAGACUGUCAACUUCAAGCUUGUGCCCGUGCAGCACCAGUUGCUCUUUGUCAACUUCUUCUGCCUACUAGACAGCGCUUGGCUAUCGUGGCUCAAACACCAACAAGAUGCUCCUUGGAAGGCCUGGCUUGCGAAUACAUUGUUUGGUGGCUCAGAAUCCAAUUUCUAA